GCAUAGUAUAAAGGAAGACAAAGGAUCACCAUGACUGCCAAUUUUGCGCCCUUUGUGAUAGUAUUAUUGCGCGAGCACCUAUACGCGUCGAGCCAAACAUCGUUUGCAACCCCUGUCGCGCCACUCAGCGCCACCACUCCUGCGCUCACCAACAUAAUUAAUAUCAUCAUUGGCCUUGUCCCAAAUAAUCCUUGGAAGCCCUCUCGCGCCACCCAUUUCUGUGCUCACAGACAAUAUUGCCAUCGGGUCCAUCGUCAAACCCGAUGAUGGACUCAUUCGACGAUCUCGAGUCCUUUUCCUUUCCUGAAUCUGUCAUGCCCUUCGAAACAUCCUCUCUUACUUCCCAUCCCGAUGAAUCGGUUCUUUUGGAGUUUGAAUACUCCUACGAUGAUGGCGGCAGCGGCUACUUUUGUAGCAUCGCAUAACGCGGGUGCCGUAGAUAGCGGCGCCUCCUAUGACUUCAAGUCGUGCUUCGUCUGCAAGAGACUGAAUGGGAUCUAUUUAUUUGCUUUUCAAUGCUUUGCUUUGUUUUCUUUGUCUGCCCUUCGUCCACAGUCACUGACGUUCUAUUUAUUGUUUCUGCUCUUGUGGCCACUAGGACCCAAAUUUCUGUGGACUUACUUUUUCUGGAUUCAUCUCAGAAUUCCCUCCUGUCUUUUCGACUUUUUCACACUAUUUAUUCGUCUAGCAUGUACGUUAACAUACAUGCAGACGACAUGGAGUCAUUUCGUACUCAUUUCCACUCCUUGAUCAUCACGAUCACUUUACAUCUACGUAGUACGCGACACCGUCGGGCAAAUGACUGUGGGGUGAGAUCCCAAUCCACCUCCCAUCCUUUAUGUCAUGUACUAGACUCGUGAUCAGUCCUUGCUAUGAGGCAAGUUGAACCUGGCCGCAUACUAAGGACUGGUCACGAGUCUAGUCAUGUACAUCCACUGGUAUUUGUCUAGACAUGUUGCGUUACGCGUAUAUAC